AUGUUUUACAGAAUGUGGAGAAAUAUUACAGUAGCAGCAAUCCUCAUGUUACUGACAGGGGUUCAGGCUCAGCACAGUGUAACUCUCUCCUCUCAGAGUCUCUGUGCUGUUACUGGAUUUACAGUAAAAAUCCCCUGUACAUUUCCAACACCUGAUCACUCCAGUGUCACACAGAGAGAGUGGUAUCGAGUCCAGAGCUCUGAAGGAGAACCACAAGACCUGAGCACAGAUCCACAAUACUCAGGACGAGUGUCUGUAAGCACAGUGACGUCUGACUGUGAGCUGACAGUGAGGAAUGUGAGAGUGAGUGACUCUGGAGUUUAUAACUUUAGAUUUAAAACACGGAGAAGUGACUGGAUAUCAGCCUCAUCUGGAGUUCAUCUGACUGUUACAGACUUGCAGGUGAAGGUGGAUCCUAACACUGUAGGACAGAGAGAAGUGAAAGUGACCUGUAGCGCCACCUGCAGUGUCAGUACAGCCCGUUUUUACUGGUACAGGAACGGCCAUUACAUUAGACAUACCACUGAUGCCACUGUUGUCCUUGACUCGACCAGUCCACAUGAUGAAGGCAGCUUCUCCUGUCAGGUGUAUGAGAGUGAACACCGCUCUCCUGCAGUGUGUGUACUGGGUACAGAGUGUUGGGGUGUGACUUACACUUCUGAACAUGUGUGUGCUCUGAAAUACACAUCGAUUGAUCUCUCCUGCUCUUAUAAACACCCUGCAGGACUCACAGUGUUAAAAUCAGUCUGGUUCAUUAAAGUGCAGGCUGAUGGUGAGCCUGUGGAUGUGAGAGAGGAUGAGGAGUAUCAGGGCCGAGUGCAGUACACACAGAGCUCCCAGAAUAACUGUAGUCUGAGAAUCACUAACCUGACAGAGAGAGACGCUCAGACAUACAGAUUCAGAUUAUACACUGAUGAUCCUAAAGAUCCUAAAUACACUGGAGAUCCUGGAGUCUCUCUGUUUGUUACAGAUUUGAAAGUUACAGUAUCAGACUGGAGAGAUCAGUACAUUACACUGAGCUGUAUCACCACCUGCACUCUGUCUAACAACCCCACUUACAUCUGGUACAAGAACGGACAGCGUGUGUCUGACUGUAAAUCUGCCUCCUGCUCUGUAGCUGCAGUCAGUGGUGCGGUCAGUUACAGCUGUGCUGUUGAAGGCCAUGACAGUGUCCUCUCUCCUCCAGUGUGUGAGUUCGACGAACACUUGUGUUGGGGUGUGACUUACACUUCUGAACAUGUGUGUGCUCUGAAAAACACAUCAAUUGAUCUCUCCUGCUCUUAUAAACACCCUGCAGGACUCACAGUGUUAAAAUCAGUCUGGUUCAUUAAAGAGCAGGCUGAUGGUGAGCCUGUGGAUGUGAGAGAGGAUGAGGAGUAUCAGGGCCGAGUGCAGUACACACAGAGCUCCCAGAAUAACUGUAGUCUGAGAAUCACUAACCUGACAGAGAGAGACGCUCAAACAUACAGAUUCAGAUUCUACACUGAUGAUCCUAAAGAUCCUAAAUACACUGGAGAACCUGGAGUCUCUCUGUCUCUUACAGAUUUGAAAGUUAAAGUAUCAGACUGGAGAGACCAGUACAUGACACUGAGCUGUAUCACCACCUGCACUCUGUCUAACAACCCCACUUACAUCUGGUACAAGAACGGACAGCGUGUGUCUGACUGUAAAUCUGCCUCCUGCUCUGUAGCUGCAGUCAGUGGUGCGGUCAGUUACAGCUGUGCUGUUGAAGGCCAUGACAGUCUCCUCUCUCCUCCAGUGUAUUCCCCUAAAAACACCAGAGCAGUGGUUCUUUCUCCUGGAGACACAGUGGAGGGGGAUUCAGUGACUCUGAGCUGUAGCAGUGAUGCAAACCCUCCUGUUCUCAACUACACCUGGUUUAAGCAGAGAGCAGCUGCAGACACACUGCUGACAACAGGCCAGAAUUACAGCAUCAGCAACAUCAGCUCCCAGCACAGAGGACUGUACUACUGCACUGCUCACAACCAGCUGGGACAGCACAACUCCACACCAACACUCCUGAAUAUGUUGUAUCACCCUAAAAACACCAGAGCAGUGAUUCUUUCCUCUGGAGACACAGUGGAGGGGGAUUCAGUGACUCUGAGCUGUAGCAGUGAUGCAAACCCUCCUGUUCUCACCUACUCCUGGUUUAGGCAGAGAGCAGAUGCAGACACACUGCUGACAACAGGCCAGAAUUACAGCAUCAGCAACAUCAGCUACCAGCACAGAGGACUGUACUACUGCACCGCACACAACCAGCUGGGACAGCACAACUCCACACCAACACUCCUGGAUGUGUUGUGUAAGUGCAGAAUACACACACUUUUAUGUAGCUGUAUAAAGCAAAUGUUUUAA